UCACCUCGCGACGGCGGCAGCAGCAGCAGCGAGCGACAGCAUCUUUUCUGUUCGUCUCGCCUCUCACGCUCUCAAGCACUGCUCGACUGCCAUCUCCACCGGAUUCUUCUCCGCCGCUCGCCGCGUGGAGACCCUACACCUCCCACCGCCACCGGCGACAAACCCCUAGCUUGGAUUGCUCCGGUCUCUGUGUGGGGGGUUUAACUUGGAGGAGUGUCCCACCCUCUUUGUUUGCUGCGAGAGAUCAAUCUAGUCCCGCAUGGGGCACUCCAAUCUGCCCAGUUCUUCCGUUCCUCGCGGUUUUGUUUGCUUCGUGCUGGAGGAGUAAGUCGGUGAUAGGCAAUACCAGUUUAUUCUCCAAAGCAUUUGGGGGUGGGUUCGUUCAACUGAGCAUCUAUAUGGUCCACGCUAGAGCCGCCACUGGUUGUGGUGGAUGGAGCUUAGAUCAGGGACAACCUAGAUCAGGGGUGUCUUCUUGGGGGGUUUUCAUGGUGCUGUGGAUGUUCACCAGCUUUGGAGGAUUUGAUUAGACUGCUGAUCCUUAUUGAGGUGUUUCAUGGUGUUGUGGAUUUUCACCAGCUUUGGAGGGUUUGGUUAUGAUUAGGUUGCUUGUAUCAUAGCAAGAUCGUUUUAAGGAACCUGAAUUUGAUGAGCAUUUCGGGCAUUUGAUACAGCGGCGUGGAUUCAUACCAAUAUAUAUUGUUGGUGUAAGCUUUGUUGCUACAAAAUGGAUGGUGUCCGUGGUAUAGAAUCUCUGGCUACUGGAGAUGGUCGGCAUCAUCUUUCCCGAACCCUUGGACCGGUGCUCCUGAUCUCGAUGGGGUAUAUUGACCUCGGGAAGUGGGUGGUAACGAUAGAUGCCGGUGCUCGGUUUGGCUAUGAUCUCGUAAUACUGGUGAUGCUUUUCAACUUCUCCGCCAUUCUGUGCCAGUAUCUGUCCAUUUGUAUCAGCAUGGUCACUAGGAAAAAUCUUGCAGAGAUUUGCCGCGAGGAGUACAGCCCAUCAAUAUGUGUCGUCCUUGGCAUCCAGGCAGUAUUGUCCUUGUUAACUGCGGAACUAACCAUGCUUUCAGGCAUAGCAGUUGGGUUCAACCUGGUCUUUGAAUAUGAUGAUCCUAUCGCCGGUUUAUGUUUUGCAAGUGUUGUAGUCAAUCUGCUACCUUACACUAUGGCUUAUUUGGGCAAAAGGAUGGCUGGGACAUUGAAUGCCUGCAUAGCUGGCUUUGCACUUCUUUGUUUUGUGCUUGGUUUAUUAGUCAGUCAACCAAAAAUUCCAGUUGAUACGAAUGCAAUUUUCCCCAAGUUGAGUGGUGAAAGUGCUUAUUCAUUGAUGGCUCUUCUUGGUGGAAAUAUAAUAGCUCACAAUUUUUAUGUUCAUUCAUCAGUUGUACAGGCCCAGAGACAAUCUACAACUCUUUCCCUUGGUGCCCUGUUCCACGAUCACUUUUUUUCAAUAUUGUUUAUUUUUACUGGGGUUUUUCUUGUUAACUAUGUUCUAAUGGGCUCAGCAGCGGUUGAAUCCAAUAACACACUGGUUGCUUUUCAAGAUGCUGUAGAUUUAAUGAACAAGAUGUUUAUGAAUCCGGUGGCACCAAUUGUGUUUUUAGUGAUCCUUAUCUUUUCAAGCCAUGUCAUCUCACUGACAUCUAUUAUUGGCAGCCACGCAAUUUUGAAGAAUUUCUUUGGUGUAAACUUGCCUCAUUCGGCACAUCACCUGCUAUUAAAGUUUGUUGCCAUGGUUCCUACUAUGUACUAUGCAAAGAUCGCAGGUUCUGAAGGGAUAUAUCAGCUACUCAUUAUAUGCCCAGUUGUCCAAGCUAUGUUCCUCCCUUCAUCCGUCAUUCCUGUUUUCCGUGUUUCCUCAUCAAGAGUUAUAAUGGGCAGAUACAGAAUAUCUCUGUACGUUGAAAUAUUGGCCUUCCUAGCAUUUCUUCUUAUGCUAUUUACAAAUAUCAUUUUUGCUGCGGAAAUCUUGUUUGGUGAUAGUACCUGGACAAAUAAUCUGAAAGGGAACACUGAAAGCCCUGUGGUAGUUCCACAUGCCAUUCUAGUCCUAAUUUCUUGUGCAACAAUUGCUUAUACGCUGUUCCUGGCUGUUACUCCACUGAAGUCAGCAAGCAAUGAACCUGAAACUCAGGAGCUAUCUGAGCACUCUCAGAGAGAAGAUCCAGAUACCACUCAUCAUAGAGAAGAGCUUUCUCUUGAAAAUGCUGAACAGGAAGAAGUCCAUUCGGCUUCUACUAUUAACACUAUUCCCAGUGUUCCAUCGGAAAGUUGUCAAACAUCAGUGUUGGAGCAUGAUGACUAUUCUGACAUCAAUGUGGAAUCUGAUCAUGGCGCUCAACAACUAACUGAUUUUGUGCCAACUAUCCCUGAAGUCUCACCAUCUAUCAAACAUGAGGAACCAAAAUCAGCUCAUGCGGUUGACUGGACAGAGCCAGUGGCAAAGGCUUGCACUGCCACAGUAGUAGAACAAAACACUGCAGAGAACAUCAAAAUGAAGAGUAUGAUCUCACAGGAUGUCAAAGAAGAAGCAGAAGAUAGCAUGAACUGUGAUGCUGAGGCUUCUUAUAAUGCAGAAUUCAGAAAGUCUGCUGGAAACAAGGCACCUCCUUCAGCUUCUCCUGGCCCAUCAUCUCUUACUUUGAGCAAGGGGAGAGACUCUGAUGCUGGUUAUCGUAGUGGUAACCACCCAAGACUGCCUGGUUUUGGUCGUGCAGUAAGAAGGCAGUUAGCAGCAAUUCUUGAUGAGUUCUGGGGGCAUCUUUUUGAUUAUCAUGGUAAGCUAACACAAAAUGCUAAUGCGGAAGGGUUCAACUUGCUGCUUGGUCCAUACUCGAAAACAGUUAGAACGGAUAACCAAGCCAUCAAAGCUUCUAAGAGCUCCUUUAUGAAAGAUGCAAUCCGAGGAUCAGCUACCAUACAGAAAGCAUGGGACUCCUAUGAUAAAGAAGCCUCUAGUCCAGGCUUUAAUUUUGGGCUUCAGAUGGGUCCCAUAGGAUCAUCAAACUGGUCUGAGAGCAUGCAUCCAUCUAAUGCUGACAUCCCAAGGUCAACUAGCUCCUUGUUUGGACAAAAUACGCAGUUUUAUUUAAAUUAUAAUGUGCCUUCUUACCCUGACAAUCAGUCCUAUCAGCCUGCUACAAUUCAUGGGUAUCACUUGGCAACCUCUUUGAAAGGUAUGAAUGCAAGCCAGAGUUCACACUCCAGCAUUACACUAGACCCGCGUCGGCUUCCUAAAUCAUCUGACUCGGCUGUUUCUAGCUACGCGGACUCUGUAAAGUGUACUCGUAAUCAAGAUGUAAUUGGUUCACUGGGAACCACUUCUUUGCAAAAUACAGCAACAAACCGUUUAAAUACAAUGACAGUGGAGAGAUACUAUUACAACCCUACUUCCGUUAAUGAGAUCGAAGGGGUUGGUUCAUCUGCUUACUCAAAGAAGUACCAUAGUUCACCUGACAUAUCUGCACUAAUUGCUGCAGGUAGGAAUUAUUUGCCAAAUGAAGUAAAUUUGAGAGGUGAUGCUGGAAAUAGGUCAUACCUUGGAAAUUUGGCAUGUGAAAGGUCACCAUGUGUGAACAUGGGAACCAGGUCCACAGCUCAACUUGCAGUUAGUGAGCACUCACAGCCUAAUUUCCAUAGACACACAUCGUCUAUGCAGUCAAGUAUGAACCCAAGGACUGAAUCCCUUUGGACCCAGCAGCCGUUUGAACAAUUACUUGGUGUAUCAAGACCAGAGUUGCAUAAGGGUGAAGGUAACACCAACCAGAGAUCAAGUGGUGUCACUAAAGAUGAUUUCUCUCCCACAGAAUACGAGGCAAAACUUCUUCAAUCUCUUAGAUUUUGCAUCAUGAAGCUCUUGAAACUGGAAGGAUCAGGAUGGCUUUUCGAGCAAAAUAGUGGUUGUGAUGAAAAUUUAGUUGAUCAAGUUGCUACAGCUGAGAGAAUUUCACAAAAUAUAACUGAGAAUCAGUUAUUUUCUGAUCUCCAGAUCCAGAGUUCUGAUGAAAAUUUGCAGCCACUACGAAGAAACAAUAACAGGGAUGCCGAUGGCAUGCGCCUACUGCAUAAGUGUGGGGAUGAUUGUGUUUGGCAGGCUCCUUUACUUGUUAGUUUUGGUGUUUGGUGCAUCCGCCAGAUUCUGAACCUGUGCCUUGUCGAAAGUAGGCCAGAACUUUGGGGCAAGUAUACAUAUGUUCUUAAUCGUCUCCAGGGAAUCCUUGAUCCUGCAUUUUCCAAGCCUCGGAAACCUGUGAAAGGAUGUGUGUGCCUUCAGAAAGUUGCCAGGCCCAUCUCUGGUACAUUCACAACGGCAGCUAUGAUCUUGGAGGUGAUUAAGGACGUGGAACAAGCCAUUUCUAGCCGCAAGGGCAGAAGUGGCACAGCAGCAGGAGAUGUCGCAUUCCCCAAAGGGAAGGAGAACCUGGCUUCUGUCCUUAAGCGGUACAAAAGGAGGCUCUCGAAUAAGUAAUCUGCAGAACAAUAGCAUGGUAGAGAGCUUUAUUUUGUUUUUUGUAUAGGGUUCUUGGCACUGCUCCACAAAGUUUCGUUUACUCUGCUUCCUAAGCCUUGGGCAUUUUUCGUUUCACAAGAUGUUCAUAGGACCUGAGAACUUCUUGAUCUUUGGUCAUUUUUGCAUAUGUUUAUCAGGUGACCUUUAUGUCAUCAAGACCUCAACCAUAGAUGCUAGCUAGUAGUUGCUGGAGCUAUGAUCUUGGAGCAGCACUGUAAAGCUCCUUUUUUUUUUCCGGAUGCUGUAAAGUUUGAUGUAGCUCUCACUCUCAGUCCCCUCUUUUUUGGCCUUGUGUGCCGUAUGUGAUUUUGUAGAGAUAUUUACAAUCCCUACAGGCUGCAAGGAGCUCGCCUUGUACGGUUGGCUUGUCUUUUCUUUCUAAAAUCUCCACUGGAUUUGCUGUUUCUUUCGUUGUUAGGACACUGAAAAUUUUCUGUUGCUCGACUGAGCUUGAGUUCCGGGCUGGGCAUCCGAUGCAAUAGCAUA